CGGCUCUCUGCUCCACUCUGCCUCCCGCUCCGCGCCACCUUGCUGUCCAAGCCUCCCGCUCCUGCCCCGGGACCCCGCGGUGGGUCCUAAAAACCCAGCGAGUUCCCAGACAAAAGCUCUGUCGGCCCCUAGUCCCGGCCCCCGGCCCCGGCAGGUCGCUGCGCCGCCAGGGGGCGCCGUGUGAGCUCCUGUCCCGGCCACCCGGCGCCCCCUCCCACGGCCCGGGCGGGAGCGGGGCGCCGGGGGCCAUGCGGGGCCAAGGCCGGAAGGAGAGUUUGUCCGAAUCCCGAGAUCUGGACGGCUCCUACGACCAGCUUACGGGCCACCCUCCAGGGCCCACUAAAAAAGCCUUGAAGCAGCGUUUCCUCAAGCUGCUGCCGUGCUGCGGGCCCCAAGCCCUGCCCUCAGUCAGUGAAACAUUAGCUGCCCCAGCCUCCCUCCGCCCCCACAGACCCCGCCCGCUGGACCCAGACAGCGUGGAGGAUGAGUUUGAACUGUCCACCGUGUGUCACCGGCCUGAGGGUCUGGAGCAGCUGCAGGAACAAACCAAGUUCACACGCAAAGAGUUGCAGAUCCUGUACCGAGGCUUCAAGAACGAAUGCCCCAGUGGAAUUGUCAAUGAGGAGAACUUCAAGCAGAUAUACUCUCAGUUCUUUCCCCAAGGAGACUCGAGCACCUACGCUACGUUUCUCUUCAACGCCUUUGACACCAACCACGAUGGCUCUGUCAGUUUUGAGGACUUUGUGGCUGGUUUGUCGGUGAUUCUUCGGGGAACCAUAGAUGAUAGGCUGAGCUGGGCCUUCAACUUAUAUGACCUCAACAAGGAUGGCUGUAUCACCAAGGAGGAAAUGCUUGACAUCAUGAAGUCUAUCUAUGACAUGAUGGGCAAGUACACAUACCCAGCCCUCCGGGAGGAGGCCCCGAGAGAGCAUGUGGAGAGUUUCUUCCAGAAGAUGGACAGAAAUAAGGAUGGCGUAGUGACCAUUGAGGAAUUCAUUGAAUCUUGUCAAAAGGACGAGAACAUCAUGAGAUCCAUGCAACUCUUUGAUAAUGUCAUCUAGCCCCCCAGGGACAGGAGUUAGUGCAUCCUGGGGGUGACCGUGCUCUAGUCCUAGUUCAGGUGAACCUUACCCUUCUCUCCCUGGGUCUGUCCUCACCCUACAUGUACCCUGGGGGCUGUAGGAAUCCAGGUCCUUGGGCUUCAGUAGUCCAGAUCCCUGAGCUAAGUGUCAAGAGUGGGCAAAGUCUAUCUGGGAGGGAGGGUCCCCAACUCCCAACAGCUCUCAUCUCCUUCUCGCCUGACAUCCAGUGCUGAGGACACCCCUGGUGUAGGGAAUGAGUGGUUCCUCACCUCCCAACCCUACGCUAGAAAUCACAUUAGGCAGAAUGUGUCCUGCUAUGGUGCUUUCCCAUCCCUGAUCUCGUAGACUUCCCUCUGAGACCCCUCCUCGGAGAACAUGCUCUGACCAUGUCCCUGGCUGGCUUUUCAGCCUAUCCUUUGAGGGCCCUGUAGGAGGGGACGAGAAAGUAGAGAAGUGUUGGCCUUGAGCCAGUAGAUAGGUCCCAGAAAUUGGUUGGAGUGGAAAGCAGAAAGCCUGGGCAGAGACUCAGAGAGCCCAGGCAAGGCUGUCACUGCCAGGUUCUAUGGGUCUGCUGCCUGGGGCCAGCAGAGUAUGGGUUCCCUGACUUCCCAGAAGGCCUUACAUCCUUAGCAAUGUCCCAGAAAUUCACCAUACACGUCUCAGUGUCUUAGGAGAGCCUGAGUUCCAGAUCGCUGGUUCAUCCCGGGAUUCUCUCCAUCCUUCUUGUAUGGUGGGAAUGGAAUGGUAGCCAGGGGAAGAUGAGUGGGAGGUGUCCUGGAUGACGCCUGUCAAAGUCCCGUCCUGCCCUCCUGCCUGUCGCCUGUUUCCACGGCUUUAGUUUCAAUUCUCCAUGGCCUCUAGAUUUGGAGGCUGGGGUGAGUCAGGGAUUUUCCUGAACUUGGGUCUUACCACUCCUCCUAGUGGCUGCCUUAGGGGAAUGGGAGGACAAAGGCAGGCACUACAUCGAACCCAAUGGGGGCAUUCUUUGGAAUCCUUGCCCGACCCUCACAGUGCCCUAGGAUGUCCUAGGGUCCCCUCUCCCUACAUUCAGUCUACCCAGAGAUGCCCUUGAGCUCACCCAGAGGGCAGGAACCAUAGGAUCCAGGCCCAACCUUGUCAGCACCCUGCCUCGCUGCUGUCCCCUCUUAAUAUACCCGCUUGUCUCAUUCAGCUCUCCUCCCAGUCAGCUAGGGUCAGAGGGGAGGGCUCCCAACCCUUCAGACAUGGCUGACUGCUUUGCAUCUUGGGCUCUUCUACAUAUUUUGUAAAAUAAGACACCAGAUCCAAUAAAACACAACGGCUAUGCACA